AUGCACUCAGCAAGGCUUCUGAGUGAAAAUAGCCUUUUUCGGAUCCACAGAUGGAAACAGCUCGUGUAUUCAUGGUGUGGAAGUCCAGAAGCCACCUGCUCAGCUUUUACUAGUUAUAGCAAGCAGAGAUGGAAAGGUGUUCUUUGUGACGGCAGCAGUGCAGCGCGCUGCUCAACGAAAUAUCGGUCACGGAUAUGCAGUCGUUACAAUCUGCUGGUUACGGCUGAGCGAACUAGUUCAUGGGUGAAUGAACGGCGCAAGAAGACUACAUCUGUCCAAUGUCUUGUUUGAUGUGUCGAAGAAGCAAGCCAGUUGUCUCGGCCGCAGAACAAGCGCCAACUUUACCAAGAAAAAUGAAUCCGGUGGUGUUCGUUGUCCAGCGAAUUCUGCAGUGCCCGAGGACUAGGGUGACUCCAGAAAGAGUGAGCCACUAUGGCGUGGCGAGCAGCAAUGGUCCUAAUUGCGUUCCUGGCGCUGGCAGCGGAUCGUCAGUGCUGCAGUGGGAGUGAAGACGUGACCUUUGAACAGAAUUGUAUAAGUGGAGACUUGCAAAACACACCCACCACUACACCAAGCAAUGCCUUUCAGCAGGCAAUGCAGACAAACACAUUCAAAUUUAAUACAACGUCGAAAAAGUGUGUCCUCACUUCCCAAUAUAAAUGCAACCCUGGAUAUGGUUUCAGAAAAGUCAGUGCCCAGAAUUGGGGUCAGAAAAUCAAGUUCGAAUCAAAUGAUGGCAUUGAGUGGACUGUUCAGAAGGAAUGUACUGAGAUCACUACAUAUUGCCCAGAGCCUGAACAUGUGCUGAAUGGAAUGCUGGUUGACAGUGACAACACUGGCCAUACACUAGGUUCAACACGUACUUUCCGGUGUAAGGAUGGAUACAAGCUGAAAGCUGGGAGUAAUCCUGUCAUCACAUGUACUAAAUAUAAGUCCAGAACAGGGCUCUGGAGACAGCUUCCUGUGUGUGAAGCGGAGGAUCCAGUUUCAGCAGCUUCAGAUCAAACUGGAAACCUUGGCACAGACCAGCCUGGAAACCUUGGCACAGGAUUAUCAAUAACAAGUACUACGGGACAGAUAAACAUUGCAAUUGCAACUACUCCGCCUGGUGGAGAUGGUGAUGGGGAGACUGCUAUGACUGAUGAAGAUGUGAUGACAGCAUCACCACCUGAUACUGCUGGGGAGACUGCUAUGCCAGAUGAAGAUGUGAUGACAACAUCACCACCUGAUGGUGCUGCAGAGACUGUCAUGCCAGAUGGAGGUGUGAUGACGACAUCACCACCUGAUGCUGCUGUGGAGACUACUGUGCCAGAUGAAGAUGUGAUGGCAACAUCGGAGGAAACUAACAUGCCCAGCAUAGGUAUCAGCUGUCCACAACCAGAUUCACUUACCAAUGGUAAAUCCAGACAUACAGGUGUGAGCUACCAGGAUACAGUAACUUAUGAAUGUAGUACAGGAUAUUCCAUGGUGGAUCCUCCAACUGGUACUCUGACAGCAACGUGUAUGGCAAACAAGCAGUGGUCUCAGCCUGUACCCGAGUGUCAACGUAUCAGCUGUCCACAACCAGAUUCACUUACCAAUGGUAAAUCCAGACAUACAGGUGUGAGAUACCAGGAUACAGUAACUUAUGAAUGUGAUACAGGAUAUUCCAUGGUGGAUCAUCCAACUGGUACUCUGACAGCAACGUGUAUGGCAAACAAGGCAUGGUCUCAGCCUGUACCCGAGUGUCAACCUCGCCAGCAACUCGCUACUCGGCGCCGUGCGUUUACAUACCUCGGUGUUUCUCUGGCGCCAGCAAAAGUGGAGGGUCCAGCCCACGUACUGACAUUUAUCGGCGUCAUCCUGGACACCCGCGCGAUCACAUCAGUCUGCCGAUGGACGAAUGUGCCAAGCUUCACGACCUCCUACGGGCCACUCUCCACACAGCUUCAACCACCCAAUGUCAACUCGAGUAUCUUCUGGGAAAGCUCUCAUUUGCUACAAGAGUGA